GGGAAGCAUAGCCAGGGGGAAGGAGGAGGGAGAAAGGAGAGCAGCUGAGGUCCUGCAGGAUGAUGGUCUGUUGAACUUCCUCAAGGUGAACAGGUCAUGGCGCAGGCUGGUGGGCUGCCGCAGGCCGGCACUACUUCUGGCCAGCCCUACGUGAGCAAGUUGGUUCUGCUUGGAAGCAGCUCUGUAGGCAAGACCAGCCUAGUCCUUCGCUACAUCAAGCAGGACUUCAACAGCGUCUUGCCGACUGUGGGCUGUGCGUUCUUCACGAAGGUGGUGGAUGUGGGCUCUUCAUCUCUGAAGCUUGAGAUCUGGGACACGGCUGGCCAGGAGAAGUACCACAGCGUCUGCCACCUCUACUUCAGGGGUGCCAAUGCUGCUCUCUUGGUGUAUGACAUCACUCGCAAGGAUUCCUUUCACCAGGCCCAGCAGUGGCUGGAGGACCUGGAGAAGGAGUUCCAGCCAGGAGAAGUGGUGGUAAUGCUGGUUGGCAACAAAACAGACCUCGGCGAGGAGCGCCAAGUGUCCUUCCAGGAAGGGAAGGAAUUUGCGGAGAGCAAAAGCCUACUCUUCAUGGAAACCUCGGUCAAGCAGAACUACCAGGUGUCUGAGGUCUUCGAUACCAUUGCCCGGGAGCUACUGCAGAGAGCAGGAGACAGGGGGAACAGCAGCCCACAGGACGGUGAAGCUGUGGUUCUGAACCAGGGACCUGCUGCCAGGCAGCGCCAGUGUUGUGCGUGAGUUACUGAGCGUGCGGAGGACAUCUCAGCCUGUGCCUCAGAGGGUCCUCAGCCCCUCUGGUCCGAGGCAGCAGCGGCUUCUGAACAAGGCUGGCGACUCUGUGUAUUCAUACUCUCCAUAAGACGGGUUAUGCCCGAGCCCUGGAGGCUUCCAGAAGUUGGCUUCCUUCAUAAGAACUGCUUGCCAGAGCUGCUGGGAAUGGCCAGUGGUAAGAUCUGGUGUAGAAUGGCUCCCAGAAGAUUGCCAGUCCCACUGAAUUCCCCGAUCCCACCAUAUUCCUGGAUGCCUUGAGCUGGUGUGCCUGCUCCACCUGGGCUGUCCCAUUCAGCGGCCUUGCUAUCAGAACGGAAGAGUUAAAUGAAGCAGAGAAGAAGCGUGAGCUGGAAAGAUUCUUUGACUCAUGCGAUGGGAAGACAGUUGCUUCGUCCUGGGGCAGCUGGUCCCUAACUGGACCACCUUGGUUCUGGGAGUUGCCAAGGGAGAAAGGGGCUGAUAAAAAAAAAGGGGGGCAUCUAUGCUGGGAAAAAUGGAGAGAUGAGCCCAAGGUGGUGGGUCACAGUGAGGUGACCCCGGAGAGACAGUCAGGAGUGGUGGGGAUGGGUGUGUCCCCCUUCCAGCUGUGGAUGGACAGAGCUAGGCUUCUAUCUAGUUGGUGCCAGGACUCUCGAGCCUCCAUGGUAUUGUCUAUGCAUCCUUCUCUCUAAAUAUUAAGUGUCUUGACAAUCUGACCACUGCCCAAGGUUGCACUAGGACCCACAGCCCGACAGGUCGCACUGCCAGGCUGCACACAUUAGUCUGGUUUGUAGGCAUUAAACAUGGCGAAAGCUUGUGGGGCAAGUGUAGUGAGGGUGGAUAUAGGCAUCAGUCUGGGUAGACUGUCUCUCCUGGUGGUAACUGUUACUGCAUUGAGAGUUUUCAUCUUUAUAGAGAAACCCAGGUCCUUGUCCAGGGAGGAAAGCUCCAGAGGGUCUCUUUCUUGAUGCUUGCUAUGGCAAGAUGGAGGUAUUUCAAAUGUGGCCAUUUAGGGGGCACUGUUUUUUGUUUUAUUUUGCUUUUGAGACAGAGUUUCUCUGUAUAACAACCUCAGAUGUCCUGGAACUAGCUCUGUAGACCAGGCUGGCCUUGAACUUGAAGAGAUCCACCUGCCUCUGCCUCCCAAGUGUUGGGAUUAAUAAACAGCAUUUGCC